AUGCCCAAAGUCGCUAUCGAAGGACGUGGUAAAGAUCGUAAGGGUCUAGGUAAAGGUUUGGGCAAAGGUGGAAAAGUUUCCGCCCAACGGCACAGAAAACUUUUACGCGAGAACAUCAGAGGCAUCACGAAGCCGGCUAUUCGUAGACUUGCUCGUCGUGGUGGUGUAAAACGAAUAUCUGCAGAUAUAUAUGAAAAUGCACGUAGUGCUUUAAAAAAUUUUUUGACCGACGUUCUUCGAGAUGUUGUUUCUUAUGUCGAAUAUGAACGAAGGAAAACUGUUGGUGUAAUGGAAAUAUUACUGGCUCUUAAACGAAGGGGGAGAACUAUGUAUGGUUUUGAUAGUGAGAUACGAAGUGGGAAACUUUCAUAUUACCAUUAUUAA